AUGGAGGACAAAAGCUUUUUUUCACGCACAGGAGUGCCACGCAUCGACCUAAAGAGAAGAAAAAUGCUGUUGUACUCUCCUGCUGAGUACCACCCUGGCAGGAACUCCCCAACGGCGCCCACAGGACCUCACUUCCUCACGCCCGCCUCUCAGAGGAAUGUCAGCACCACACUCGGCCAGACGGCGUACUUGCACUGUCGCGUGGCGCAGCUCGGCGAGAAGCAGCAAGUGUCAUGGAUUCGAAAGAAAGACCUGCAUGUACUGAGCUCCGGCAUGCUGCUCUUCGCGUCCGACCUAAGGUUCCAGGUCAUCCACCCGGAAGGAACGGACAAGUGGACGCUGCAAAUCAAGUACGCCCAAGUGCGGGACGCGGGCGUGUACGAGUGCCAGGUGAACACGGUGCCCAAGAUCUCCCAGUCGUACUUCCUGAGCGUCGUGGCAUCCCGAGCGAGCAUUCACGGCCCGGAGUACGUUAAGGCUGGCAGUACCAUCAACCUCACCUGCGUCAUUAACCAACCCCACAUGCAAGGCCUUGUGCACUGGUACCACAACGGAGAUAUCCUUGACUACGAAGGCCCCGUGUCUAUUGCGACCCGCGGCGACCACAUGAGCACCAUCUCUCACCUCACCAUCAAGGAAGCCACGCCCAAGCACUCGGGGAACUACACCUGCUGGCCGACGUCUGCCCACUGGGAUUCCAUCCUCAUCAACGUUGUUGUGGAAGGUGAGCAACCGGCUGCGAUGCAGACGGGCGUAGGCGUGGUCCCGUCCGCCGGAAUCCUCACGCCCAUACUGCUCCCGCUCCUUCUUCACGCCCUCAGCAACGCCCUUGUUCUUCCGCUGGCGCUAAGAUGA